AUGGCUUCGGUGAUUUGUUUGGGGAUUCAAUUCACAUGGAUAACUCAUCUGACUGGUGUCUUUCUCAAUCUUUCUCUUUGUCUCGCCACCUCCCUUUCUUUCCUACUCUCUCUUUUCCCCCACACUCCCUCCCUUCCUUACCCCCUUCCUAUCUUCUCCCUCUCUCUCCUGUCCUCCUCUAAUUCCCUUGUUCCCACUCUGAGGCUGCUGUGCUCCCACCUCUUGCUGAACCCCUGGUUCACGGGGUUCGUGCUCCGGCGCCGACUGAGGGCCAAAGCCCUGGACCUGUUUUACUUGGAUCAGGCUCUGGACACACUAGGACAGGGCCAGCUCACUGACACAGAGAUCAGAGAGGCCUGCUACCUGUGGCGGCUCAAUCCCAGCAGCCUCACCACUAGCCAGUGCCGAGAGUGGCUCCUCCAGUGGCUUCAGUUGUCCACCCACCUUACAGAAUCAGAGACCUCUCUACUGCUGCACAACAUGGUCCUGCUCUCCAUGACUACCCCAGCCCCUGACCAGAGGAAGAAAGCAUGCAGCUGCAACCAAACUAUUUGUUAAAUUUAUUCAUUUGCUCUGACUACAAAUUCUAAUGGAUCAGAAACCAUUAAUCUAAUUUUCUUUGGACAGAGAGGGAUAGAAUUAUACAAACUGUUCAAUUGUUAACAUGUGGAGAAUCAAUGAGUCAGUGCAUGGAUGGCUUUGACUGUUACUGUGCUGUAUGUCUUAAUCCAUUCCACUGUGCACACAAGUCAUGAGACAUCACACGUACGUACACACACAAGCUCUCUCACAAUAUACUAUUUUAUCUGCUGCUGCACAGCAAGAGGAACCGUUGCAUCAAGUCUGACACCAACAGGCUCUUGAACAGCUUCUAUCCCCAAGCAAUAUGACUGAUAAAUAGCCUGUGUAGCUAUUUUGUUAGCUAUCUGAGUUAGCCUUGUAUCUUUAUUGACCUUUUAUUUAAAUCUUUGCACUGUCUCCAUGCAAACUCGGUGCCCUAUACACUCACACACACUGUCACUCCAACACACACACAAACACACACUCCAUCAUUUUCUUGCUCACACAUAAU